GUAAACAACAACAUGGCGCUGCUGUGGAGGUCGCUGCCCAGGACUCUCGUCAGUUUUUAUUGCUUGUACCAGUCUCAGAUCCCUGAAUUCUCGACUGCUUCACAAAGGAGCUGGGGCUAGUCUGUGUCAUCAUCAAGUUGCACGAAAGUUUGAAGUGGCCAGAGGGCUUAAUCCCUCUCCACUGACAAUUCUCUCAAAAGAUGAAGAGAUGAUGAAAGAAACAGUGGCAAAAUUUGCCCGUGAGAAGAUUUUCCCUCUUGUCCGAAAAAUGGAUGCAGAGAGUAAUAUGGAUGAGUCUGUUUACAGAGGCAUGUUUGAUAAUGGGUUCAUGGCUAUAGAAGUAGAAACAGAAUAUGGUGGAUGUGGAUCUACUUUUUUUGUUGCCAAUUUGGUUAUUGAGGAGUUGGCUAAAGUAGAUGCUUCAGUAAGUGUUACGUGCGAUAUCCAAAAUACCCUGAUAAACACACUCUUCCGUAACUUGGGCACAGAUGAGCAAAAGGACAAGUACCUGCCUAAGCUUGCUGCUGAAUAUACAGGAAGUUUUUGUCUGUCAGAAGCAGAAGCCGGUUCUGAUGCCUUUUCAAUGAAAACAACUGCUGUGAAAGAUGGCAGCCACUUUGUUAUUAAUGGUUCCAAGAUGUGGAUAUCAUCGGCUCCCCAUUCUGGUGUUUUCUUGGUCAUGGCAAAUGCGAAUCCUUCUGCUGGCUACAAAGGCAUUACUUGCUUCAUUGUUGAUGCUGGCACACCAGGUCUGAGUAUUGGCAAGAAAGAGGACAAGUUAGGCCUCCGAGCCUCUAACACCUGCAGUGUACACUUUGACAAUGUCAGGGUUCCGGAAGAGAAUAUUCUUGGACAAUUAGGGCAAGGCUACAAAUACGCCAUUGAGAUGCUCAAUGAGGGCCGAAUUGGUAUUGGUGCUCAGAUGGUAGGACUUGCACAAGGUUGCCUCGAUUCUACUGUACCUUACAUUCUCCAACGAAAGCAGUUUGGGAAGAGGCUUUUUGAUUUUCAGGCUAUGCAGCAUACUGUUGCUUAUUUAGCAACAGAAAUUGAAGCUGCUCGGUUACUGGUGUACAAUUCUGCUAGACUGAAGGAGGCUGGUCAUCCCUUUAUAAAGCAGGCAGCCAUGGCUAAACUAUAUAGUUCAGAAGUGGCAACACGGGUCACCUCAAAAUGUAUUGAGUUAAUGGGUGGUGUCGGCUUCACAAAAGAUUAUCCAGUCGAAAAAUUUUACCGGGACUGCAAGAUUGGUACAAUUUAUGAAGGGACAUCUCACAUACAGCUUAACACUAUUGCAAAGCUUUUGGAAAAGGAUUAUAUUUCAUAGAUCAUUUGGUUGCACCUAGAAUGAAAGAAACUGUGUGUAAUUUGUUCUGUUUAGAUAGAAACAAAUGGUCUGCAUAAUAUUCUACCCAAAAAUUUUUUUCAGGAAAUUCAUUCCAAAUAUUCACUAGAAGAAUUGCUGUGGCUUUAGAGUCUCAUUCUUUGAAUUGCUUACAGCUAAAUCUUUAAAAAGAUCAUGUAUGAUAGACUGUAAAGUAGUUUGUAUAGUGUAAUAUAUAUGAAUUAUAUUUGUAUUUUGUAGGAAUUUAUUUUAGGUUGUGUGAAUCAUAGAUUCACACAACCAUAAUGUGAAAUUAACAGUAUUUGCCAUGUAAAUAAUUAAAAAAAACUGAUUGCUACACAUAUUUUCAAAAUUGAGGAACCAUGUGCUAGACCUGUAAGAGUCAGACAGUUCCUGGGAACUGGAAGGUAAUCAGGUUGGCAUAAGUAAUCUUUCAUAUGAAAAUAGAUUGAAAACCUUGAAUCUGCACUUUCUUGAAAGUUGUAGAGUGAGAGGAGACAUGAUUGAAGUAUACAAGUGGAAGACUUAUAAAUGCAAUAUAAAUGGAAUACUAAGGAUUUCCAGUUAAUAGAAAAAUCAAAAUAACAUAUAAUUGGAUAAAUUUUGAUUUGGUAAGAACAUAAGAACGAAGGAACACUGCAGCAGGCCUACUGGCCCAUGCGAGGCAGGUCCAAGUUUCCAAGUUGACUUAAGGGAGGAACACGGCAACCGUCCUGGUAGCACAAGCUAAUCAGGUCCAACUCACACCCACUCAUGUAUUUAUCCAACCUAUUUUUAAAGCUACACAAUGUUCUGGCCUCUAUGACUGUACUUGGGAGUUUGUUCCACUCAUCCACAACUCUAUUACCAAACCAGUACUUUCCUAUAUCCUUCCUGAAUCUGAAUUUUUCUAACUUAAAACCAUUGCUGCGAGUCCUGUCUAGGCUAGAUAUUUUCAGCACACUAUUUACAUCCCUUUAUUUAUUCCUGUCUUCCAUUUAUACACCUCAAUCAUAUCCCCCCUAAUUCUACGUCUUUCUAGAGAGUGUAGAUUCAGGGCCCUUAGUCUAUCCUCAUAGGGAAGGUUUCUGAUACAUGGGAUCAACUUUGUCAUCCUCCUUUGUACAUUUUCCAGAGCAUUUAUAUCCAUUCUGUAAUACGGUGGCCAAAACUGUGCAGCAUAAUCUAAAUGAGGCCUAACCAAGGAUGUAUAGAGUUGAAGAACAACCUGAGGACUCCUAUUAUUUAUGCUUCUUGAUAUGAAGCCAAGGAUUCUAUUAGCUUUAUUGCGAACACUUAUGCACUAUUGUCUUGGUUUCAGAUUACUGCUAAUCAGAACUCCUAAAUCUUUUUCGCAAUCCGUAAUAUUAAGAUCUACAUUAUUUAGUUUAUAUGUGGCAUGGUUAUUGUCCUGUCCAACAUUUAGAACUUUGCAUUUGUCUAUAUUAAACUGCAUCUGCCACCUCUCCGACCACUGCAUCAGUCUACUCAAAUCUUCCUGGAGUGCUCUAAUGUCCUCUUCAGAGUGUAGGAGAGUACUGGCUAAGCAAUAGAUCUGCCUGAUGAGUGAAACAAUCUGCCACAGUCAUUGGAGCUACAGCCUUGGGUGGCUUAAAUAGGUUAGACAAAUAUAUGAGUGAGAAGGGGUUGGAUUUGAAUCAGACCUUUCUAAAAUGAGUUAUUGAAGGUAAGUCCUUGGGAAGCUUCAGGAAUAGUUUAGACAAAUAUGUUGGUGAGAAGAGUUGGAUUUGGAAAGGACCUGCCAAGUAUGAGCCAGUAGACCUGUGUUUGAUCCAAGGAAGGGGAUGGUAGCUCCAGUUCCUUGGAUUCAAGAGCUGUCACCAGCUUCAAGGCACCUUUCAUCGCUGGGACCAUGUUUUGUAAAAGUUGGUAUAAACCUUUGGUAAUAAACACCAAGUUGGUUUAGAAAGACACAUAAGCAAAUACUAGGAUAUAUUUAUUAGAAAAUGUUUUGGUCCUGGGACCUUGAUCACUUCUAACAUAGAGAGGUUAAAAAGACAGUAUAUGUAGGCGGUGCAUUGCAACCACCUACCCAAUGACACAGGAGCCUCAUGAUCUCAUUGUCUACCUGUUUUCAUCCCAAUAUGUCAUUCUUCAGGUCACCAUACGUCACACCUCACUCUCUGCCUAUAUAUACUUAAUUUUUAACCUCUGUAUGUUAGAAGUGAUCAAGUCCCAGGACCGAAACAUUUUCUAAUAAAUAUGCCCUAGUGUUUGCUUACAUGUUUUUCUACACCAGUAUAAAAGUUAUUUAUUAGGGACUUUCUAUAACCUUUAUUUGGUUGACAUCUGAAAUAUAAUGUCUGUAUUUUUUUUUUUUUUUAUUUAUUUAUUUAUUAUCACACUGGCCGAUUCCUACCAAGGCAGGGUGGCCCGAAAAAGAAAAACUUUCACCAUCAUUCACUCCAUCACUCCAGCACCCAGAAGGGUGCUUUACACUACAGUUUUUAAACUGCAACAUUAACACCCCUCCUUCAGAGUGCAGGCACUGUACUUCUCAUCUCCAGGACUCAAGUCCAGCCUGCCGGUUUCCCUGAACCCCUUCAUAAAUGCUACUAUUUGUAUUACAGAAAUUAAUUGAAUUGUGUAUUAUGUCUUGUAAAUAAUUGAUUUAUUAGUAACCAUAAUUUUAGUUUUGCUUUAAAUUGUCAGAAAUUUUGUUUAUUGUAUAGAAGUAUGAUAUACAUUAUACUGGUAUUGUGCAUU